UUUGCGGCGACAGUCGGGAGCUUUCCUCUGCACGGGCGGUCGACGGGGGAGGGCUUACGAGAGGGGUCGUUUCGUUGGAAGGCGGUCCCUGAGCGUCCAAUUUGCACACCAACGGGGCCCCGGCUGGUUCAUGCGAGGAGAGACCGUCCCGAACUGAACUCCGUGCUACAAAUAAGCCGCAGCGCUCUUCCAAGUGGGGCAGAGUCAAGAACGGACCCGUACGGCUGAUCAUAUUAAGUCACAUAACCGAGCCGGCAGCAUCUGCAUCGAGCACGUAGGGGCCAGAGAGCAGAGCACCGAAUUCCCAUUACAGGUUGCGCUGUUGCCGCUAUUUGACAUCAACGCAAUGUUUGAGGAGGUAUCCCAGGAGAUGAGGAUGCAGCGGGAUGGAGCGAACCUCCAGCCACUCAAGUCCUCGGGAGAAGGAGAAGGAGUCAUUCUGUCCUUCCCAGAUGAUAGCAUGUCCGUCCUGACCUCCGGCAACCUGUUGGCUCGCUCCCUGCUGGGGCGCACCACCACCGUCAAGCGCAAAGAAAGCCCCUCGUCCAGCAUCCGGCGCAAGCGGGAGUUCAUCCCGCUCGAAAAGAAGGACGAAGGCUACUGGGACAAGAGGAAAAAGAACAACGAGGCGGCCAAGCGCUCGCGGGAAAAGCGACGCGUGAACGACAUGGUCUUGGAGAGUCGCGUGCUGGCCCUGCUGGAGGAGAACGCUCGCCUCAGGGCCGAGCUGUUGGCUCUCAAGUUCCGGUUUGGUUUGGUCAAAGACCCUUCCAACGCGCCCAUCCUGCCCCUGUCCGCGGCUCCUCCGCACACCCCUGCGAAUGUGACUCCCCACUAUUAUCUCCUCAACUCCUCAUCGUCGCACGGCAACAACCAGCCGAGCGGGCGGGGCUCCAGAGACGGCGGCAACCUGUCCGAAGAUUCCGGGUUUUCCACUCCAGGUGGGUCCAGUGUUGGAAGCCCGGUCGACUUCGAAGACCGGCUCAGUGACCAUGAGAAAUCCUCCCCGCGCAGAGCGGAGGAGAUGACCUUGGACCCCUACCCGUCCUCUGCCGAUGCCCCCCACCAUAGGGCGGACCACGCCGAGGCUAUGAAGAACCUCCCCCAUAAACUGCGUUUCAAAACACCCGGUAACUGUGAGGCGAGCGAUGCGACGGGUGAUCCCAACAGCACUCGACGCAGCCCGGUACCGCCCGCGGUAGAGGUCCCGCGAGAGACCCCCAAUGGCCCGGAACUGAUGAGGGGCGAAACAGGAGGGGGGCACUCGGGCCCCUGGCUUCCUCUGCAGGGCGACGGAGGCAGGAGGGGAAGACAGUCGCCCCAGUAUGUCCCCUCGCCCCCAAACUUCAGCCUGCAGCCUCCCGCUCAAGGACACGCAGAGGUCAAGUAUCAGCAUGAGAACAACUACCUGAAGUCUCAGCUCAGCUCUUUGAGCAAGGAAGUGGCUCAGCUGAAGAAACUUUUCACAGAGCAGCUCAUGGCCAAUGUCAACUAGGAAGCGCUCCUCCUUCAUGAAAUGUUUCCUGAAAGAUCACAUUUGACUCUCGAACAAUUUGUUUUUCAAAGACUGCAUUAUUUUGUCAUAAAUGCCGAGCUCUAUUCCUCUUGUAGUCUGCUGUUUAGGUUGCACACCUCGGACAUGGAGCUUCUUUUUCUGUGUCGGAUGUACAAUGUUCUCUCACGCUAUUCGCGGUCAUUUGGGGAAUAGCAAAAAUUGCCAUGAGAAGGCUGCAAAGUAAUACUUUAAUGACUUGAAUAGGUACGUUUUUUCCUGCCCCCACCCCCCAAAAAAAAAUCUGCUAAACCGGUGAAUUCACGAAUGCUGACUGUACUUUCAUUUCGAUGCACUGUGACAACUCAAGACUGCAGAUAACAUGGACACCUCUCAACAUUUUCGCCAAGCAUUUUGACACCCGGGGAAGCAAGAGUUUGUAGUUGCGACCUCAUAAGAUUGCAAAAGCUUUGCACUGCUGAGACAAGUCAGCUCGAUCACUGGAAACCGAUAGCAGAUAGGACGGUGGCGGGUAUACACAAGAUGGAGGUAAACUCAUACAAACACGAGACUCAAGUUUCCUUCGGUGUGUGUUAGCUGACGUUUAUCGACGCACUUCGUGUUUAUUCUCAAGCAAAGCAGUCGAACACUGUUACUGUCUGUUGUUUGUGAACUUCUCUUUUCAUGCUAAGUUUAAAUGUUGUCUGUAUAUUUUUAUUUCAACUCAAAUAAACAUUUGACAAAGUCA